AUGAAUGCUCUUAGAACUGUUGUAUUUGUCUUCUCCUAUGUAUUCUCCCUCAUAAGAAUCUCUAUUGCAGUAGACACCAUAACUGUAAAUCAACACAUUAGAGACGGUGAGACCAUCACUUCAGCAGGUGGGACCUUUGAAUUGGGUUUCUUCAGUCCAGGUAAUUCCAAGAAUCGAUACUUGGGGAUAUGGUACAAGAAAGUGGCUCCUCGGACAGUGGUAUGGGUUGCCAAUAGAGAAAGUCCACUAACUGAUUCAUCAGGUGUUUUAAAAGUCACUCAGCAGGGAAUUCUUGUUCUGGUCAACGAUACUAAUGGAAUUCUUUGGAAUUCUAAUUCAUCACAUUCUGCACUGGAUCCAAACGCUCAGCUUUUGGAAUCUGGAAAUCUUGUUAUGAGAAAUGGCAAUGAUAGUGACCCAGAAAACUUCCUAUGGCAGAGUUUUGAUUAUCCAGGCGAUACUCUUCUACCAGGUAUGAAGCUUGGAAGAAACAGAGUAACAGGCCUUGAUUGGUACCUGUCAUCAUGGAAGAGUGCCGAUGACCCUUCUAAAGGUAAUUUCACUUGUGAGAUUGAUCUAAAUGGAUUUCCACAACUAGUUUUGAGGAAUGGUUUUGUAAUAAACUUUCGUGCUGGACCAUGGAAUGGUGUUCGAUAUAGUGGAAUACCUCAAUUAACAAACAACUCAGUUUACACAUUUAACUUCGUUUCUAAUGAAAAGGAGGUAUAUAUAUUUUAUAAUACUGUUCAUAGCUCUGUUAUUUUGAGGCAUGUGUUAAAUCCUGAUGGUUCUCUACGGAAGUUAAAAUGGACUGAUAAAAACACUGGAUGGACUCUUUACUCAACUGCACAGAGGGAUGACUGUGACAAUUAUGCAUUUUGUGGAGCAUAUGGCAUCUGUAAGAUUGACCAAUCUCCAAAAUGUGAGUGUAUGAAAGGAUUUAGGCCAAAGUUCCAAAGCAAAUGGGACGAGGCAGAUUGGUCCCAUGGAUGUGUUCCAAAUACUCCAUUGGAUUGUCAGAAGGGUGAUGGAUUUGCAAAGUUCUCUGAUGUGAAACUGCCAGACACGCAGACCUCCUGGUUUAAUGUAAGCAUGAACCUUAAGGAAUGUGCUUCCCUGUGUUUGAGGAAGUGCACUUGCACUGCUUAUGCAAAUUCAGAUAUCAGAGGAGGAGGAAGUGGAUGCUUGCUCUGGCUUGGUGACUUGAUUGACAUCAGAGAAUUCACUCAAAAUGGGCAAGAGUUUUACGUAAGGAUGGCUACAUCAGAAUUAGUUUUAUCCCUUGAUUUUGCGGCUUAA